AUGCUAAAGAAUAUUUCUACAGAUGAAUUAUCUCUUGAAUUAAAAACACAUGAGAGUGAAUUUCUUAGUCGUAAAGAUUUGGCACUUAAAUAUGAACUUGAAUGUAAAUCAUUGGAAGCCAAAUUACAAGAAUGUAAAACACUUGAAGAAGAUCUUGAUAAAAAGUAUAAUCACUCAACACAAAAAUUAGCUAAUAUUAACGAAAUUUACAAUGAAAAGAAAGAAGUAUUUGAUAAUAAUCAUCAAAACUCAUUAAAUGAAACCGACAAGUUAGAAAAUGAUUUGCUUAAAUUGAAAUUAGAAUCUGAUUCAGUUUACAUUAAGAGUGAAAGAGAUUUUUCAGAGUCACAAAUUCAAUUAGAUGUUGUUAAAUCGUUUAUUGCAAGAGAACGCAAUGAAAUUAACAAAAUAUUAUUAGAAUUUGAAAAUUAUGUAAAUAAUCAGUUUAAUACACUUAAAGAAAUCAGUGAAGAAGUAAAAGAGAAUCUUAAAUAA